UGUGGCCACAGAUAUAACUGCACCAUUAAUCAUCACACCGAAGCCUUGGGCCAGUGGAAGAGAUUUCCUUUACUCAGCUAAAAGCAACAACAAGUAAAAAUCAUGCAUCCAAAAAGGAGGAGAAAGUGCAUGUUUUGCUGUGCAGUCCUCCCAAGUCAAAAUGUCCUUCAGAGAUUUAAGGAAUUUCACAGAAAUGAUGAGAGCCUUGGGCUAUCCUCGGUUGAUAUCAAUGGAGAACUUCAGAACGCCAAACUUCACUUUGGUGGCAGAAAUCCUCAUAUGGCUUGUAAAGAGAUAUGAGCCUCAGAUGGAUAUUCCCACUGAUGUAGAUACUGAGUCUGACAGAAUAUUCUUCGUCAAGGCCGUUGCCCAGUUUAUGGCAACUAAGGCUCACAUUAAGUUGAACACCAAGCGUCUCUACCAGGCUGAUGGCUAUGCAGUAAAAGAGAUGCUGAAGAUCACCUCAGUGCUGUACAGCGCUAUGAAGACCAAGCAGAUGGCCCUGGCAGACCGAUCUGAGGAUGACAACAGCAAGUUCAAGUUCGAUCUUGGCUCAAGGAUUUCAGAUCUUAAAGCAGCUCGGCAGCUGGCAUCCGAGGUCACAUCUAAAGGAGCAUCUCUGUAUGAUUUGCUGGGAAAAGAGGUGGACCUAAGGGAAAGAAGAACUGCAGCCAUCGCCAGACCCCUGGAGAUCAACGAGACUGAGAAGGCCCUGAGAGCUGCCAUCAAAGAGGUCCUGGAAAGUGUGGAGAAGACCAAAGACAUGCUGAGUAACGUUGUUUCUGAUGAAACCAGUCUCGACAGUAAGAUAGAAAAGAAGAAGCAGGAGCUGGAGAGGAAUCGUAAGAGGCUGCAGACACUGCAGAGUGUCAGGCCAGCCUUCAUGGAUGAAUAUGAGAAGAUUGAGGAGGAUCUGCAGAAACAAUAUGACACGUUUGUGGAGAAGUUCAGGAACCUCUGUUUCCUGGAAUCUCAGCUAGAUGAAUACCAUAGACUGGAGCAGGAGAGGUUUGAGGAGGCUGAAAACACACUGAGGGUGAUGCAGCACAAACUGAGGGAGGAGGAGAGGGAUAUGAUGAACUCCUUGAAAGAUGAGGAUUCUGACAUGGAUGUUCCAGAGGAUGAAGGUUCAGACAGCGACAUGGAAGAGUGUCGACCUUCUAAGCCACGGCCCGUACGAAACAGCAUCAUGGCAGGAAGAGGAGCUCGAUUCAUCGGGAACAUGCAGGGCGGUGACAGUGAUGAGACUGAAGACAGCGAGAUUGAUGUGGAUGAGGAUGACGAAGAAGAUGAUGAAGGUGAUGAAGGUGAAGAAGAGGAGGAGAGUAAGGACUUGGAGGAUGACAGUCUGGAGGGCCUGGUAUCCAGGGGUGCUCGUCCCUCCAGGGGGGGCACAAGACCGCCUCUGCUGGAGGAGAGUGACAAUGACUUCUGAAUGAAGAACACAAACAUACUGAUCAUUUCCAUCUGUUUCCAUCUCAGAUUAGAUCAUCAUAUUACUCAGAAAUAUGCAUUAAUUACUAUGUUCCACAAUGUUAUUGCAGCAUAAGCAUAAAUAUAGUUAAUAUUAUAUUUUUGAAUAUUUGUAUAAAAUGUUUACCUUAAUAAAAUAUUAAAAAU